AUGCUUCGUCGCGCCCCAACAAUAAUUACUCUCACCACCGAAGAUAUAGCCAGCUACGAAGACUCACGGCAAGCUGAACGCGAGGAAGAAGAAGAAGCCCAGGCGAUGGCUUCGGCGGCGCGCCGUAGGAAGGCAAAAGAGAGACAACAUUAUGGGAAUGGAGGUGUCAGAGGGGAUGGUUAUAGGGAUUUGCAGACGAUGGCUACGCAGAGGAGAGUUGAUGAUGCGAGGGAGAGGGAUGUAGGAAGAGGAGGGGAGAUUGAGAGGAAUGCGGAAAAUGAGUUAAGUGGGGAUGAGGAAAGGCAGAUGGAGAGGGAGAGGGCGGAGAGAGAGGGGACGAGAGAGAGGGAGAGGAGUAGAGUGUUAGAGAGAGAAACGAGGGUACAAAGGAAUAGGGAGGAGAGGUUAGGAUUGGGAGCUGGGAAUGGAGGUGGGUCGGGGAGAUAA